GAGGGGGGCGGUUCUGCAUCUCCCUCAGUCGUCCUCUGUGUGUCACAGCGGGUCCGGCAUCCUUCUGCUGCUGACUGUCUGACACACCUCUUAACCCCCUUAAAACGCUUAAAUUCUCCCUUAAAACCCGAACUAACAGCCUAAAGACACAGCCGCCGCCAUGCCGAAGCCCCUGACGGACCAGGAGAAGAGGAAGCAGAUCUCGGUGCGCGGCCUGGCUGGGGUGGAAAACGUCGCCGACCUCAAGACCAAUUUCAACCGCCACCUGCACUUCACCCUGGUAAAGGACCGCAAUGUGGCCACCAAGCGGGACUACUACUUCGCCCUGGCGCACACGGUCCGCGACCACCUGGUGGGCAGAUGGAUCCGGACGCAGCAGCACUACUACGAGACCGACCCCAAACGUGUAUACUACCUCUCUCUGGAGUUCUAUAUGGGCCGCACUCUGCAGAACACUAUGGUGAAUCUGGCCCUGGAGAAUGCAUGCGAUGAAGCCACCUACCAGCUGGGUUUGGAUAUGGAGGAGCUGCAGGACAUCGAGGAGGAUGCUGGACUGGGAAAUGGAGGCCUGGGCCGUUUGGCAGCUUGCUUCCUUGACUCUAUGGCAUCUCUGGGCCUGGCAGCAUAUGGGUAUGGCAUUCGUUAUGAGUUCGGAAUCUUCAACCAGAAAAUUGUGAAUGGCUGGCAGAUAGAGGAGGCAGAUGAUUGGCUGCGCUAUGGCAACCCAUGGGAGAAGGCCCGGCCUGAGUACAUGCGCCCUGUGCACUUCUAUGGUCGUGUUGAGCAUCAUCCUGAUGGAGUAAAAUGGGUGGACACACAGGUGGUGUUGGCUUUGCCAUAUGAUACCCCGGUGCCUGGAUACAGGAACAACAUCGUGAACACCAUGAGACUGUGGUCUGCUAAGGCCCCCUGUGAAUUUAACCUCAAAGACUUUAAUGUUGGUGGCUACAUCCAGGCUGUGUUGGACAGAAAUCUGGCUGAGAAUAUCUCUCGCGUGCUUUACCCUAAUGACAAUUUCUUUGAGGGGAAAGAGCUGCGUCUGAAACAGGAGUAUUUUGUGGUGGCUGCAACUCUUCAAGACAUUAUCCGACGUUUCAAAGCCUCCAAGUUCGGCUCGACGGAGGUGGUACGCAUGGACCUGGACAAGUUACCUGACAAGGUGGCUAUCCAGCUGAAUGACACACAUCCGGCCAUGGCCAUCCCAGAGCUGAUGAGGAUUCUGUUGGAUGAGGAGAAACUGACCUGGGAGAAGGCGUGGGACAUCACAGUGCGUACUUGUGCCUACACGAACCACACAGUGCUGCCAGAGGCUCUGGAGCGCUGGCCUGUUGACCUGUUCCAAAACCUCCUGCCCCGCCACCUGGAGAUCAUCUAUGAGAUCAACCGGCGCCACCUGGAGCGUAUCUCCUCUCUGUACCCUGGUGACAGUGACCGUAUGAGGCGCAUGUCUCUGAUUGAGGAAGGAGGGCAGAAAAAGAUCAAUAUGGCUCACCUCUGCAUCGUCGGCUCUCAUGCUGUGAACGGAGUGGCCCGCAUCCACUCUGAUAUCAUCAAAAACACAGUGUUUAAGGACUUUUAUGAAGUGGACCCCCAGAAGUUCCAGAAUAAGACCAAUGGCAUCACCCCUCGCCGCUGGCUGGUCAUGUGCAACCCAGGCCUAGCUGAGGUCAUCGCUGAUAGGAUUGGUGAGGACUACAUCCGUGAUCUGGGUCAGCUGAAGAAACUCCUGAAGUUUGUGGACGAUGAUGCCUUCAUCCGAGAUGUUGCCAAGAUCAAACAGGAGAAUAAGAUGAAGUUUGCUGUGCAUUUGGAAGAGCAUUACAAGGUCAAAAUCAACCCCAACUCCAUGUUUGACAUUCAAGUAAAGAGGAUCCACGAGUACAAGAGGCAGCUGCUGAAUUGCCUGCACAUCAUCACCUUCUACAACCGAAUCAAGAAGGAGCCCAACAAAGCCUGGACCCCCAGGACAAUCAUGAUUGGAGGAAAGGCUGCCCCUGGAUACCACAUGGCUAAGAUGAUCAUCAGACUCAUCACAGCUAUUGGAGAGAUAGUGAACAACGACCCAGUAGUGGGAGACCGCCUUAAAGUCAUCUUCUUGGAGAACUACCGCGUAACGCUGGCUGAGAAAGCCGUCCCUGCUGCCGACCUUUCUGAGCAGAUCUCCACUGCAGGAACAGAAGCUUCUGGAACUGGAAAUAUGAAGUUCAUGCUGAAUGGCGCUCUGACAAUUGGCACCAUGGAUGGAGCCAACGUGGAGAUGGCAGAAGAGGCUGGAGAGAAUAACCUCUUUAUCUUUGGCAUGAGAGUGGACGAUGUUGAGGCCAUGGAUAAGAAGGGGUACGAUGCUCAUGAAUACUACAACCGUAUUCCAGAGCUGAAGCAGGCCAUUGAUCAGAUUUCUGGAGGAUUCUUCAGCCCCGGUCAGCCAGAUCAAUUCAAGGACGUCGUCAACAUGCUAAUGAAUCACGACAGGUUCAAAGUGUUUGCUGACUAUGAAGACUACAUCAAAUGUCAGGAGAAAGUCAGUGCACUGUACAAGAACUCCAAGGAAUGGACCAAGAUGGUGAUCCACAACAUAGCCGGGUGUGGCAAGUUCUCCAGUGACCGUACCAUCUCCCAGUAUGCCCGCGAGAUCUGGGGCGUGGAACCAAGUUUGGAGAAGAUUGGUGCCCCAGAUGACCCUCGCUAAACAAGGGUCUAGCCAGCAUGCAGGAGCUCCAUAUGCUAGAGCCAUUCUCACAUUCAGUUCAUUUCUCCCUUGUGAAGAUGUGUCGCUCAUUGGUGGUUCUGUUAAUGUUCGAUUAUGUAAGAAUUGUCCCUCUAGGGGGCAGCCAAGGUACCUCACACCACCUGGUUCACUCAAAAUUAAUGUUCUGCUCUCUGUGGUGUGUUUAAACAUAUAUUUGUGUGUCUAUGUGUGUGUGGGAAUGGCGUUUUUUGCUCAUGCUAACUGGUACAGCCCUAAUGAACCAAACCCGUCUCAUGCCAGGUUCACAGGUUCACUACACAGCUUUCAGAGUUGUCUGUAUUUCACACUCAAAUCACAAGAUGUGAUGAUAUUAAAGCUGCUAGAUAUUUUUGGGGGACUUGGGAGGCAUCAGCAAGUCAGCAGUCAACACCAAACAAACGCUAGUUUGCCUUCAUCCUGAGACGUUUGUCAGCAAUCUCCAAAACCAGUUUGAGACUUGAGAAUUGGGGCUAAAAUGUGAAUCAUGAACCUGGCAUAAGAAGAUGAACCAAAAUCCCUGUUUACCAACAGUUUUACUCAUACAUCAAAGUACAGGUAGAAAGCCAGUUUUUUAGUGUGAUAUGCUGUGUUGUAAUGUUACCUAUGUCUUCCUAUUAAGAACAACAGAAACAGAGAAAGUUGGCCAGUUAUGAAGAACUAAGAUUGACAAAUACAUACUCAUACACUGUGAUAAGAGGUCUAGCACUGAAGGUUUACUAUUAUCAGUCUCUCAUAUCCGUCCACAUUAAUGAUUGCUACAGGCAUGGACUCACUUUGUUGUGCGUGUUUUAAUGUGUUUAUGACAUUUGAUUUUUUUACAGACUAUGUUUUUCCACGAGUAUUGAUGUUGCAAACAGUAUCAACCUGUUGUGUCUCUCAACUAAUCCACGUCCUAAGAUACUGUCUUCUCUCCUCCACCUCCUCUACAAUUACAAAUGCUGCCUUAGUGUGUGUGAGCGUGCAAGCAUGCAGGUUUGUGUGUGCUUGCGUAUGUGUGUUCAAAUGUGAGAGAGCUUGUUGAUCACCAUCAGCAACUUCCUCCCAUUCUUCCUGGUUCUCAGGAAAACGUGGUCCAGAUAGUCACACACACCCAGUAAACGGCUAUUAAUCUGACCCUCUCUCCGAUAGACUAAUGCAUUCACAGUCAAGUAAGUUAUAGCUAAAAUAGCAGAGAUAUAACUGCAGAGGUUGCUUAAAGUGUGUGUGGAGAAGUGUUACCGCUGAAGUGUGAAGUGUGUAGUGUUAUACACUGUCUGUAGAUGCUGAGUCAAGAUUGACCAAAAGAUCACUGUAGUUGAAAUAUAUUAAUAUUAUUUAGAACAGAUUAGUAAAGAGAGUUAUACUAAGCUAUAUGAAAUACAGCUGUAGGCCUCAGUGGUGGCCCCUCAGAUCUAUAAAUCAGUUCUAUGAAUGUUACUGUUAUGUGUGUGUGGUUGCUGACCAGUACCACAGCACAGUCUGACUGCUCUAAUUGAACACCAAUGAAUAAAUAAAUAAAGAUUAUAAAAUAUAUCCAUAUUA